AGCAGUCUCGACGCAUACGGUAGCGGGGGCUGUCAUUCGCGACUGGUCCGCGAUACGAGUGAGUGAUGAUGGAGACGGUUAAGAUCUGCGAGGUCGAUCUCGACGAAGAUAUCUGCCGCUUGUGCCUCUGCAAGUGUAACCCCGACGAGGUCAGACAGUGGGGCCUUUUUGAUACCGAUUUACCGCAGAAACUCAUGGCGUUCGCUGCUGUACAGCUUCAAGAAAAUGAUGGUUUACCUACAUUAAUUUGUAUGAAUUGUCGUAAUCUGGUCUACACAUCCUACAAUUUCAAAUGUCAAGUAGAAAAAAGUGAUCAUGAUCUCCGUCAAGCAUUAUUACUAAAACAGUCUUCUAAAGACUGGCAAAAUAUAACAAAUGUCAAACCAAUGGAAGGCCUGAGUAAUGUAGAUAUUAUAGUACCUUGCUAUCAAAAAAAUUUUAAUUCUUGCAUGUCAAUGCAAGAUGAACACAGUGCAAACAAUCAUGGACAAUUUAUAUUUGAAAUUGAAAAUAAUUGUAAUUUAAGUAAUGAUACUUACAAAAAGGAAGAUGUGAUUGUAUUAAAUAGUGCAGUUAAUGCAGUAAGUCAAAUAGAAAAUCAUGCACUCCAAACAAAUAAUGAAAUUUCUAGGCCUAGUACUGAUAAUGAUGUAAUUCUAACAUUUGGAAAUCAGUAUGAGAUUAGAAGUAAUGUUCUAGAAAAAUCUACUGUUGAAAACUUUCAACCACAAAUUCUUCAAGAAAAAUCAAACCAUAGUGAUGAUGACAAACCUUUGAUAUUAAGGACUAAGCGUCAUAAGUGUAAUUAUUGUAUAAAAUCUUUUGCUAAUUUAAAUUUAUUGGCAAAACAUGCAGUAAUUCACAAAAAGACAGUGUACUUGUGUUGUAUGUGUAAUGAAGAGUUCAACUCAAUGGGCAGUGUACAAAGCCAUCAUAUCACUAUUCACAGCUUGCAAGUGGAUAAAGAUAAAAUUGCAGUUAAAGUCAAGUGGCCGAAAGUAAAUAACCAAGAAAAAAAUGAUGAUAAGAGUAAUGAAAAUGUAGUAGCUCAGAUUGUCAAACUUAAUGAAGUUAAUUAUUCUUGUGAAAUUUGUUAUAGACAAUUUACUCAUUACAGAACUUACAGUUUCCACAUGAAAAAUCAUCCAGAUUACCAAAAUAAAAUAUUAUUGAAGAAUAAUCAUAAUUUCACUACGGAUAAAUCUAAUAUGCACUCAGGAUCUAAUAAUAGCUUACAAACAAAAAAUAUUGAAGUAGGUCCUCAUUUGGUAAAUUUGAAUAAUUCGUCUGAUUUAGAAGAAUUUGAGCAUCUAUCUGAUCCAGAUAGUUUAGGAGUAAAGUCCAGCACAGAUAUUUCUCAACCAACCAGUGUUGAUCUCGAUUUGCAAGCAAGUUUAGAAAAUAAUUUUAAAGAAAAUUUAUGCAGAAUAGGAAGUAAAAAUAGUCUAAAUAAAAAUACAUCUGAAAAUAAUAUUACAAACUUUAAUGAUGAUUACGAUGACGAUGAUGACGAUGAUGAGGAGAAUGACGAUAUUACUAAAAACACGGAUGAGAUGUAUAAAGAAAACUCCAGUAUUCAGUGCAAGCAAUGUGGAAAGCUUGUUGCUACCACCAGGAACCUCAAGAGGCACAUGCUAACUCAUUCUGGUCUCAAACACAACUGCUCUAUAUGUAAUAAAGAUUUUUCGAGGCCAGAUAAAUUGCGCGAGCAUCAACAAUCAAAACAUAAAGACGAGGUAUUUGGAAAAUCAGAUUCUGAAAAUGAAUCUGAUGAUGAAAAUACGGGAUCUAGUCGAAAGAAGGACAAAAAGAAUCGACCUUAUAAAUGUUCGAUAUGUCCUAAAGCAUUUGCUCAGACCCAAUCGUUAGCGAAUCACGAGGAACGGCAUAAGCGAGACAAAGAUGUACAAAAGCGAUACUUAUGUGAGGUUUGCAGCAAAUGUUUUGCUCAACGUGGGUCGUUAGUAGCUCACAUGCGCACUCAUACGGGCGUCAAACCUUACGUCUGCAACGUAUGCUCAAGAGCUUUUACAAAAAGCACGUACCUGCAAUUACACCUCAGAAUUCACUCGGGAGAAAAGCCAUACGUCUGUCAGUAUUGUAACAGAGCCUUCGCUCGAGCCAAUACUUUGGCUCGACAUUUGACAAUGCACACGGGUGAAGCUAAAUAUCAGUGUCAGAUCUGCUCAAAAUCCUUCCGAAGAUUAACGUCAUUGAACGAGCACACAUUUACUCAUACCGGGCAAAGACCUUAUUCCUGCAAAAUUUGCGGGAAGAGGUAUAACAAUGCUGGAUCUUUGUAUGCCCACACAAAGAAAUGCAAAACUAUGCAAGCUAGUACAAAUAUGAAUGAUUAUCCGGACGCCUUGGAAUUAGCGGAUAAUGCCGUGCUCUCUCAAAGUGAAAAUAACUCACCGACUGAACAGUUGCUGAUUUUUACAGAAGAUAAAAAAGACGAGAUAAUAGCCGAUGACACCAUUGCUGCUGAACCUUCGAGCUGUCAGUUUAUGAUCGCGAAUAUUCACGAUCAGAAAGCAAUGUCGGUCAAUAUGAUCGAGCCAUUUAUUAUUCCGGAACCCGACGUUUACAAUAUAAAUUCGAAACCAUUUAGAACGCCGUAUUAUGGAUUGUAUCCGAGUAUAUAAAAACGGAUUAUUGUACAUACAGCGAUUUAUUGUGUAAAUGUACCUUUACUUUUAGCCUAGAUAGACUUUCUUUACUGUUGUUCAAUGACGCUUUGAUUUAUUUUCGUAUUUUUUUGAAGGUGAUUAUGAAUAUUGACGAUUACGUGAAAGUUUUUAAUUUUAAGUACCAUGUGAUAGUAAAUUGUUAUAACUAUACAUUGUAGUAUAAGGUAAUUUGCAAGGAUAAUUUUUACAUAGAACAUAGAAGGAUAUACAUUUAUUCUUACAACAAUUUUUUGCACGACGUUCAUUUUGACUCCAAGUUUGGAGACUUCUUGAAGUCUAUUACUACUCAAUCGGCAGAUAAGUGUUGUUUAAAUUUACUAGAAAUAAAGUAGCUCUUUGAGCGUACUUUGAUGAACGGUCUAUCUUGAGUUAUUUGUAUACGUUGUCGAGUUUCUUUUUGUUAAAAGAAAGUAGAAAUAGUGAUAAAAAAUUAAAAGAAAAGCAAUCAAUUCGAAUAUUUAUGUAAUACAGAAUGAAAACUAAAAAUCACCACUGCGUCGCUCUUAUCUAUUAAUUAAAUAUUCUUCUGGGCAAUAUAAAUAAUAUUUUCAUAAAUAUCUGUGAGUACCUGGAAAACGUAAUAAAUUACGACGAAUUCAUACUGCAUCAAAUUCAAUUAAUAGAAUUUACUCAAUUAUUGCGACACCAACUUAGAUAUACAAAUAAAAAAGGCUCUCACUCAAAUGUAAAAAAAUGCAUAUUAUCAAAUGUAAAAAAAUGCAUAUUAUUAUAUAAAAAGUUCAUGGUGAUAUGA